AUGGAGAACUCAGAAGAGUUCCAUGACCUGCUGGUGUUCCUGUUCGAGCCAGCAGCAGCCAAAGAAAAAGAACAGGUGGCUGACAAAUUGCCUAUAGCCAAUCUCCUCAUCCUCAAGCAGUUGCUGUCUCUGGUGCACCACAUCAGGCAAAACUCAUCAACAAGCAGGAUGAGCUCCAUCAAUAUUGCCAUCUGCAUUGGACCAAAUAUGUUGAGCAAGGAGAACCGGCUCCCACUGGAGGUGCUGUUGGAGAUUGGAAUUAUUGGUGGAACUGGCCUGGAUGAUCCAGAUAUCUUAGAAGGAAGAACAGAAAAAUAUGUUGAUACUCCUUAUGGCAAGCCAUCAGAUGCUUUGAUAUUGGGAAAGAUAAAAAAUGUGGACUGUGUGCUGUUGGCAAGACAUGGAAGGCAUCAUACAGUUAUGCCAUCGAAUGUCAAUUACCGUGCCAAUAUAUGGGCAUUAAAAGAAGAAAAUUGUUCACAUGUAUUAGUGACUACUGCCUGUGGUUCGUUACGAGAAGAAAUACAACCUGGUGAUCUUGUCAUAAUUGAUCAGUUCAUUGACAGGACAACUAGAAGACAUUGUACUUUAUACGACGGACAACAUUCCAGUCUUUCAGGAGUAUGUCAUAUUCCAAUGGCAGAGCCAUUCUGCACCAAAACCAGAGAGGUUCUGAUUGAGACUGCCAAGAAGCUUGGGCUCCAGUGUCAUUCCAAGGGGACAAUGAUCACAAUCGAAGGCCCACGUUUCAGUUCACGAGCAGAAAGCUUGAUGUUUCGCAGCUGGGGAGCUGAUGUUAUCAACAUGACCACAGUGCCUGAAGUGAUUCUUGCAAAAGAAGCUGGAAUGAGUUAUGCUAGUAUUGCCAUGGCAACAGAUUACGACUGCUGGAAGGAACAUGAAGAAGCGGUGUCGGUGGAUAAAGUUUUAAAGACGCUGAAAGGGAAUGCAAAUAAGGCUACUAGCAUACUCCUCACUGCUAUACCUCAGAUAGGUUCCAUGGAAUGGACCGACACCCUGCACACCCUGAAAACAACAGUGCAGUGUUCGGUCAUCCUGCCAAAGCAGUAA